AUGCUAGAAUCAGAGACAGAGUUGGAUUCCGAGUCGGAGGCAGAGCCAGCACCGGCGACCGAGGAGGAGCUGCGUCUCCAGCGGAGCAUUGCCCGCAAUGUGCCACAAUUGGUGCAACUGCUGCUGGGCAUACCCGGGGAUUGCACGGACACCUCGGACCACUACAAGCAGCUGCUGGCAAGUGCCGAGCAAACCCUCUCGGUGCCUGAAGCCUUCGAUGAGCAAUCGGCGAAUGCUGUGAAGGAGCGACUGUCGGACUUUAUGCUGCGAUUGCGCCUCAAGGAGCUGGGGGAUGUGGCGGACGACCUCAAAAGUCUAACCAAAAUAGUGCUGCAAGAUCCAUGGCUGGCUGUGCACCCAAUGAAGGAAUUGCCGUGUCGCCUGAUCGAGUUUUAUGUGUCCAUCAGCAGCCUGCAGCAAGAGCUGGGCCCCGAGGAGGGCUCAAUUCCGCAAGAGAAUCUGGAGGACACUUGGCUGCGGUACGUUCCAUUUAAUGAGGAGGAGGAGGAUGAGCCCUACUUCGAGACGGAUUACGAUUCCGAUUCCAAUACGGUCAUCUACAAUGCGAAUUGCAAUCGGCAACUGGAAGUGGAAGUGCUGCCGGAAGACAUUCCCACAGCCGAGGAGUUGUUCCAUCAACGCGUGGAGACUAUAUAUGAGCAGACACUGAUGCCCUGCAAUCGGGGAGAGGAUGAUCCGCGUCGGGCCUUUGCCACGGACUAUGGGGAAUAUCUCCAUGAGCAGCUGCGACUCUGCGUGGAGCCCAUAAACGAGGAGCAGCUGCUGCUGCGAGAGCUGCUCAUCAUGUUCUUUGCGCCACGAAAUUGUGGCAACUUUGUGCUGAUCGAUCAGCGCCUGCAGCUGCGUGAAGAUGCAACACAAAUCGCGCAGACUCUGGCCCACAAUCCCAUACUGGAGUCUCUGUGGCAGAUGCAACAGCUGCGGCAGUUCAUCGAUUGCAGCCAUCGCAUGGAGACUUUCAUUUGCUUUGCCCAAGGACUGGAGCAGCUACUGCUGCCCGUGAUGGAGUUUCUCGUGGACUACGAGCGUCGCGUGCGUCGUGGCACGGAGCUUGGCACUCUGCAGCACUUUCUGCAUGCCGCCGUGGCGCCCAUGGCGCGUCUCCAGCUGCUGGCGGACAUGCUGCCGCUUGGCAUAGACUUGGACAGAGAUCCGCCUGCCGCUUGUUGUCUGCAACUUUUGCAGCAGCUGUUUAAACUCAGCGCCAAGCCGCAAACGUCGGAGGAUCAUUUUCCCAACUGCCACGCCGCCAUGGCUGCCACCUUGUUGCUGCACUCACUGGAGGAAUAUUGCCGCAUCCUGGACGCCUGGUGGCACACGGGCACCCUGCAGAACCACAGCGGAGAGUUUCCCUUUCGACAGCAUCAUUUGGAUUGCAUGACGAGCUACGUGAGAGUCCAAAAGGAUCGCCGCGGCAGUGCCCCGACCUUGCGCUUCAUCAGCCGUCAUGUGCGGCAGGCGGCACCAUUUGUGGCCACACUCUGCGACACGCGCUGCAACGAGCAGUUUGUGGCCAAGCACCAUGACAUCCUGAAGGAUGAUCUGUACGACACAUUCAAGACGUUGUUCCUGCACGAUCUGGGCUGCCACCAAGUGCGCUGUGCCCACCAGCCGCGGCCCCAAUACGCUCCAGAGAUGCUGAAGCAGCUGCAGAUGGAGGAUCCGGAUCAUGUGCUGCGCCUGCUUAUCGCUUACCACACUUACAUGCAGCCACCUUCGGUUCAUACAGUACUUGGCAGCAUACUGGCCUGUUCCCCCCACGUGCCACUGGCGAAGAUUAUGCGGAAAAGCCUGAAGCGACUGCUGCACACUCGCCUGCUGGCGGUGCGCUGCUACACGAGGCAACUGUUGAACGUCAAGUUCCAGCUGCAGGACAAGUUGCAGCAUUUGGUGGGUGUCUGCAUGGCCACAGCCCUGCCACUGCCCCUGCAACAACAGCAGUGCGAGAGAUUCUUUGGGCUGCUGGAGGAGAACCAAACCACUGCAGCCACGUGGCAGCUGAGAGUUAUCAUUGAGGGAACGUUUUCGCCAUUUUCCAGCAUGAUUUUUGUGCAUUUGCCGUGCUCCAACCUGGCGGAGAUCGCCCUGAAGGUGCCCAGCGACUGGAUGCUGAGGCGUGUGGUGCAGCUGCCGCAAAUGGAGCUCCUGAACAUCCCCUUCCGGCUGACUCUGCGCACGCAUCAAGCCCAAUGGAUGCUCCGCUCGUUGCCGCAGCUGCCACAAGCAAAGGCCAAGCGAUUAGUCAAGGCUUUGACGGCUAUCAAAGUGAGACUCGCCAAAGCUCUACAGGGGAUCAUACAUCAUCCCGUGAAGUCUUGUGAGGCGCAGCAGAUCCACCGCAACUUUUUGGAGGCCUUGCAGAAGCCCUCUUCCAGCCUCCAAGGUCUGCGCCACUCAAGCCUCAAGUUCUUCCAUCAAAUGUCGAUGCUGCUGUCCGAAUCAACCGCCGAUGGCGAUCCCGAAGAGAUCCUGGCCUGGGCACAGUACCUGAAGAAGCUCUGGCUGCGUGUUCAGGAUUUAUUGGAUGAUGGAAAUGACUUUGUGGUCUGCUCGGAGGCGCCACCAUACUACAAAUUGGCCUACAAGACGCUGGAGGAGCGGUACCUGCAGACCAUUCGUCGCCGCUGCGAUGCGUGGAUUUCGGUAAUGCGACAGAAGUGGCAAUAUUGCCACAAAAAGUAUAACAACAUACAGCUUGUUGAGACACCAUAGACACACACACACUUUGCUGGUACACC